AUGCCGGUAAAGGAGCCACAGUAUAACGACCUCGUGAUGGAAGACGAAUUAGAGGAGAGAAUCCGAGUAGCCUACAACUACAUCUUCCUCCUGUAUUGUGACUCAGACAAGAGAGUCCUUCCUAAUGGGGGCUACUGCCUCAACGAACAGAACAUCCUAGACCGGUGGAAUUCCUUGUGGGACGGAGAGAUGUGCGCCUCGUUGGAAAAGCUCUUCGGCGGGUCGUCUGUUCUGGACAUGGGGGCAGGGAGAGCCCAUUACGGUCGAUGUUUCCUCCGGGCGAAGGAGAACAUCAUAAGAACAAAGAACAAGAACGAGGUCGAACGAAUGAACCGCAUGUAUACAGAGCAGAUGCAAAAGGGGGGUCUUCUGGAUAAGCCUCAGGUGGUUAAGUCCUGGACAGGCUACGACGGCGCCCUUAACAUAGAAGAUAUCACGGGCGGCUUCGUGCACUACGCCGAUAUAUCCCAGCCUGUUCACUUCGGCAAGAAAUACGACUGGGUGUUGAGCCUCGAAGUGGGUGAACACAUCCCGAAGAAAUAUGAGGCGAAUUAUGUUGAUAAUCUGGUUAGACAUGCGUGUAAAGGCAUUGUUGUAAGCUGGGCUGUGAUUGGUCAAGCGGGUCAUCACCAUAUCAACAACCAGCCAAUGACGUACGUUCAAGGUCUGUUUGAAUCUCGCGGGCUUUUGGUCGACGAAAAAGCGCAAGAAAAACUGAGAGAGAAUUCGCAACUGAGACAUUAUAAACACGUUUUUGUUUUUAGAGUUCCCCGCGAGAGAGCUUGCUGAAGUAGUUCUUAGAUUUUAUUAAAUGGAUGUAUUAACUUCGUAGUUUCCAUCAAAAAGAUAGCUUUGUAUUUGUUUCGCGUGUUUUACCCUAAUAAAGGAAUGAAGUGAC